UACAGUAGGUCCACGUAUGUCUAAGGGCUGGAGACGUAACAUGUAUAAACUGCCCACCGAGAGGAUUUGCUAUUUAACAGGUGUAGCAGUAAGUGCAUACAUUUUUUCAGAUAGAUCUAGCCCGGGACUAUGCGCUCAAUUUGGGGUUUAAUUGCCGUGGUGGCCGCGGCAACUUUAUACUUGUAUCUGUUGACUGCGUUCCUGCCGCCGGGUCCGCGACACUGUGACGACACUGAACCUGAACACACAAGUGAAGACACAGUCGAUGAGCUGAAGGAGGAAAAACACAGGUUGAAGUUCCCAUCUGACUUGGAUGAGCUGAGGGAACUAGCCGAUUUGCUGAAGUUCUAUAAGACAGAACACACUGGUUAUAUAUUCAUCCUCUACUGCAGUGCCUACCUCUACAAGCAAUCCUUUGCCAUCCCAGGCUCGUCCUUUUUGAACAUGCUGGCCGGGGCAUUGUUUGGGCCAUGGCAUGGGCUCCUUAUUGCCUGCACUUUGACCACUGUGGGCUCCACCAACUGCUAUCUACUGUCUCGCACAUUUGGCAAACGCCACAUCGUCAGGCUCUUCCCUGAGAAAGUGGCCAUGCUGCAGAAAAAGGUGGAACAGAACAAGAGAACUUUGUUUUUCUUUUUGCUUUUUCUGCGGUUCUUUCCCAUGACACCUAACUGGUUUUUGAAUAUCACCUCCCCAAUCCUCAACAUCCCCAUCCCCAUAUUCUUCUUCUCCAUUCUCAUCGGUCUAAUCCCUUACAAUUUUAUCUGUGUCCGGACGGGAGCCAUCUUGUCUGAGAUUCGCUCUUUGGAUGACAUCUUUUCAUGGGGGACUCUGCUUCAGCUUCUGCUGAUCGCAUGUGUCGCUCUAAUCCCUGGUGCUCUAAUCCGCCGCUAUAGUCAGUCCCACCUCAAACUUGAUGGCAUGGAAUCUAAUGGACAUCAAAUGGUCCGAAAUGAUCGCAAGACCAGAUAACCCAAAGACAGACAGAACAGGACUGCAGCCUAUUGAUAUGGGACUAACCAUAGGUCUGGAUCCAUGUCUUGAGGUUUUGGUUGUAAUGAAGUGGCGAUAGGCCAGUAGGAGAAUGGAACUGAAAUCCAUAUUUGGUUUGGAUCUAGUCUGCUGGACGAAAUGAUCUUAAUCUUAAAUAUUGAGGGACAGAAAUACAAAAUAAGAGUUUGCGGAUGCCUAAUGAAGAUAAAGUGUCAAAGAGAAAUUAAAGUCUUAAAAAGAGUAUACACUUGGAUUAUUGAUUACAUGUACACCACUGGACACUGCCUCAUUUUGUAGCAAACAGGAAUUUGAUAUCUUUGUUAUGAACAGCUUUAAGUUCUUAUUGAUGCAAAGAUAGUUUGGCGUAAAAAUAGUUUUUUUUAUGUUGCCAAGUGCUUUUUAGUGACCAUGUGUUUUUGCAAGGCUUUGUCUAUUUGUUGGGUCUGUAAAUGUCUUUGCAAGCAAGUCUCUGGUAUUAAUGUGUUUUAUUUUUUUAUGUGUUGUGUGCGUAUCCGGCACUUUCGGGUAUGUUUACACAUACAGUAUAUUUUAAAAAGCACUAGUAUUAUAUUAUUAUAAUUUUUCCAAAAAUGUUUUAAAUUGUCUGUGGCUGCUUAAGAGCUGUACUUCAAAAAUAUUUAGGUAUUUGUGAAUGUCUGUCUUAUGUGUAAGACAUGAGAUUAUAAUAUUUUUAUUAUUAGUAUAUAGUGCAUUCGCAGGUGCCUUCUAAUCCUUUUAAAAGGCCUUAUAAGUGGUUUUUCAAAGUGUUUUAAGCCUUAUAAUCUUAACCAUGCAGUAUCAAAUGUGUGCACUGAUCAUUUACAUGAAAGUCCAAGUCUUCUGAAGUUGCACUAAGUACAUUCACAUUCAGGGAUUACACACAUGAAAAAUAUGUAUCUGCACAUUCAUCUCUAGCUACAAAAACAAAAAUUGCCAAUUACCUGUAUUUGACAGUGAGACAGUAUUAAUCACCUUUAUUUUUAUUUACAGUGUAAAAUGGCACUAAGAAUAAAUCUCUCCUAGAGGACAACUGGGUUGCCUGAUCUUUACAAAUUUGAAAUUUAAACCUGUGUAAAGAUCAGGCAACCCACUGUUAGGUUGGCAAUGGCUGUCAAGAAUGCAUCACUUAACAAUAUGUCAUAAAAACUUGACAUUUGUUUUUGUUAUUUCUUUGUAGAAUUUCAUAACUAUCUUUGUUGAGGGCCAUAAUGUAAUAAUUUUCCCUAAAUGCAAAAAGGCCAUAAAUGUAAUAACUUUUGGUCCAAAAAGUAAUAAAGGUGCUAAAUGUAAUAAAGGCCCUAAAUGUAAAAAUGGUCUAAAUAUCUUAACUUUUGGUCCUAAAUGUAAUUAAUGGGAAAUGUUGUUACUUUUGGGCCAAAUGUAAUAAAGGGUCUGAAUGUAAAACUUUAAGAUAUCAUGUGAUAAAUGUCCUAAAUGUAAUAAUGUAUAAUCACUUUGCAUUUAAGUUCCUUUUUUAAGGGGUUAUAUAUAAGUUUAUUAAUGAGUAUGCAUUAGAAAUCAUUGCUAUGUAGUUGUAUGACUGGCGUGCAAUACUUUUCAAACACUGAAAAAAAUGUUAUGUUGACUUUGCUUAAUUUUAUUAUGUCAAGGGGUUGCACGAAAUACAUUUAUCUAAAUCUAGAUAUAUUUUAUAAGUUGAGUGUAUUAAUCGCUUUCAGUAAUUUCAGAUUAAUUAUAUUCAUAAUUUUAGCUAAACUAUUUUGAGUAGAAUUUACUAAUUUUUUUUUAUGUUCAGUACACUAAAAUGAAUUAUGUGCAACCAGAUCAAUUUAAUAGUUUAAUUUCUACAUACUAAAAUUAAUUUUAAUCCAAGUUUUGUUUUUUCUCUUAUCUUUCAUGAAUAUUCAGGCAAAUAAAGCAAAC